UUAUCAGAAUUUCAUGAUGCAUAGCUAAAUCCAAUUCUGGUUCCUGCAGGUAAUCUGAUGCAGCUGCGAGAUCAGUCCGGACUGCUAUACUGUAGACGGCUGUAUACAACAGUUAAGAAUAGCUUUGGGAAUUUUUUUCCCGGGUUUUUUUUCCCAAUUGCCACUUAUCACUAUCGCCUGACGACUACCGGUAAUCUCCCAAUGCUACUCUUAAUUCCUGGUUAUUAUUGUGCACACACUUUUAUUGAGAACCAUUCCGAUGUCGACCUUGGCGUUGGUGUAUCGGCCAUGACGCGUCAUCCRGUCCACUCCGUACACCGGUCCGGGACUUGCAACAUAAAUUGGAAAUUCGAUUUUGCCUCUUAGAGAGUAAGCCGGCGAUUGCCAAAAACUUGGGUCAGUUUUCUUUGGCAUACCGAUUGUUGGAGCAAGGUGAUACGCAUUAGGCGCGGGACCUUGACGCCAAUGUUUAUAUAAUAAUAAUGAUAAUUAAUAAAUAUUUAUUUAUAAAGAAAUCAUCGUAAAAUAAAAUGAUAUGUUGAAAACUGCAGGUAACAGCUAAUCAAAACAAUUUAUCAGCCGUUUUUAAAUAAUUAACGGUUAAAAUUUAAUUUGCUGAGUUGUUAUAGAUUAUGGGAACAUUAUAAUAUUAUGCGUGACGAGUCACGUCCCAUAAAAAGGUGUCCCGCGGAAUUCUGACAAAUGAAAAAACUUUUGUUCUAAUCAAUAUUAUAUGUAUAUAUUGAUUAAAACAAACGUUAUUUCAUUUGUCAGAAUGUUAGAUCUCCGUAGAAUACCCUGAAUGUAUGCUCAUAUUGUAUUUUAAAAGAUCCGGGACGAAAUUUCUGUKCAGUUUCAAUCAAAAGUUGUCAAACAAAUAUUAAUUAAAUAAAUAACAAUUUGUUUUUGGAUAUAAAAUAAAUGUAUUGAUGUA